UUCACUUCCCCAUUUUUGGGGCGCUUUUGCUCUUUUUACAUUUUACCUCUGUCCCGCUCGAGAAAUUGAAAAUAAACGCAUAGACAAAAUGGUCUACCCACUAGAUUACUUCCAGCACCACCGCGACUGCAAAUUCAAGCAAACAGAGCGCGCCCAAAGAAUAGCAGAUCUCACCAGCUACCGUGACUCCUUCACUUCUUCCGAUCGCUCUGUUCUCUCAAAACCAAUCGAAGAGCUGGUUCAAGACGUGCACAAGCAAGUCCUGCAGCCCAUCGACAUUCUCCGCGCCUACGGAAAAGCAGCCCUAAAGGCCCACCAAAAAACAAACUGCCUGACCGAAAUCAUGAUCUCCACUGCGGAAAAAUGGACCACAGACUCCAGCAUAAAUUUCAAGGGUCCUCUUGCGGGGAUACCGAUCAGUUUGAAGGAUAGUAUUGUGGUUGGAGGCUAUGAUACAAGUGUGGGCUAUAGCAGCAAUGUGGGAAAUAAGGGCGAGAAAGAUGGCACGAUGGUGCGAAUAUUGAAGGAUGCCGGCGCGGUGCCUUAUGUGAAGACGAACUUGCCGAUUACCCUGCUGAGCUUUGAGAGUACGAAUGAUGUUUGGGGCCGGUGCACGAAUCCGCAUAACAACAAAUACUCCCCCGGUGGGUCGACGGGAGGUGAGGCUGCGUUAUUGGCUGCUGGUGGUGGAAGAAUUGGUAUUGGUUCUGAUGUUGCUGGAAGUGUCAGAGUACCGGCCCAUUUCUCGGGGAUUUACAGUUUAAGAUGCUCGACUGGGCGGUGGCCAAAAAAUGGAAUGGUUACGAGUAUGCCUGGUCAAGAAGGUAUCCCGAGUGUGUUUAGUCCCAUGACUAGGACACUGGGAGAUCUAUCUUACUUUACAAAAUCCAUGAUUAGCAUGAAGCCCUGGAAAUACGACCACUCUGUCCACCCGAUCACUUGGAGAGACGACAUCGCCAAGGAAUAUCAAGAGAAAAAGAAGUUCCGAAUCGGUGUUCUCAGGACAGACGGUGUCGUUGAUCCAAGUCCAGCCUGCGCCAGAGCAGUUGACGAGGUCGUCGCGGCUCUCCAAAAAGAGGGCCACGAGAUCAUCGACGUUGACCCACCCUCUCCGUACGAAGCCCUCGUCAUCGCCUCCCAACUCCUAAACUCUGAUGGCUGCAAAACCUUCAAAUCGUUUUUCCGAACCGGAGAAUGGGAAGACCCAGGCGCGAAACAAAUGUCCUUCCUCAUAACUCUACCAUCUCCUUUUAAAUAUAUGUAUUACUUAUGGGUGAAGUAUGUCCGAAGAGACGAUAUCUGGGCAAGUUUGAUUAAGGACUGGAAGGAGAAAUCUGCGUACGAGCAGUGGCAGCUGGUGACGAAGAGGGAGGCGUAUAAGGCGAAGUUUCACGAUUGGUGGGAGCAAGAGGCUAAGAUUGACUUUAUGAUUACCCCGCCCAAUGCUACGCCCGCUGUUCCACAUGAUGGGAUGAAGGAUGCCGUUAGCAGUUGCGGUUACACGUUUUUGUUUAAUCUUCUCGAUUACACCUGUGGAAUAAUGCCCAUAACCCACGUGGACAAAGCGCUCGAUCAACUGCCAUCAGGCUUCUCAAUCAAGAAGCUGAAUGGUGUAGCGCAAGGAGCUUAUAAACUGUACAACGCAACAGCCAUGCAUGGCCUUCCGGUCGCAGUGCAAAUUGUGGGCCAGAGGUUGGAAGAGGAGAAGGUCCUGACUGUUAUGCAGAGGAUCGAGGAUGCGCUGGGAGAUGAAAAGUACCGGCUUCUGGAGCUCGAUUGAUUGAUUGAUCAGGGUGAGAUCGGAGAGAGAUGAAUCGGAUAUUGAUAUUUCUAGAUACCUUGCACAUAUUUAUUCUAAGUUAGAAAGCGUUAGGUUUCUUAUUCAGAAUAUUUCACAUAAGGCCGCUGCCCAUUCUGCCCACAUUUCACUUCUGCAGGUGCCUGCGUUAUCGGAGAGAACAUUGAAGUCUAAACUUGUUCAGCAAACAAGACACGAAAAGUAAGCAAUCAAUCAAUUUCGGGAUUCC